CAGGUUGGGGAAACUCCAGCCGUUUCCCUGAAUGUAUAGGUGGGGAAGUGUUUUCGGUGAUCCCCGCGAGCAUGCAGGUUUUCAUAGUUCUUUAGGAGACGCUGAAAAUGAAGUUUUCCCUUAGUUUUACUCUCGAAGACUGAGUAGAAAAGAAAAGGCGCAGGCUGCUCAGUUUCCGGAGGACAAGGACUGCGAAGGACAACCAGGAAGCGGCUGGGCUGGGAGUUGUCCCGGGUUCCCGCUGUGCUGUGGAGGCUUCUUCCCAGGGUCCCUACGCCGAGGGCCGGCGCCCUUCGUGAGUCCUGCUCUGAGCUAGACCCCGGCUCCGGCCGCCCGUUUCCGAGCUGCCAUGUCUUCCGACUUCGAAGGCUACGAGCAGGACUUCGCUGUGCUCAGUGCUGAAAUCACCAGCAAGAUAUCCAGAGUCCCUCGACUUCCUCCCGAUGAGAAGAAGCAAAUGGUUGCCAAUGUGGAGAAACAGCUUGAAGAGGCCAGAGAACUGCUUGAACAGAUGGAUUUGGAAGUCCGAGAAAUUCCACCCCAAAGUCGAGGAAUGUACAGCAACAGGAUGAGAAGCUACAAGCAAGAAAUGGGAAAGCUGGAAACAGAUUUUAAAAGGUCACGGAUCGCCUACAGUGACGAAGUACGGAAUGAGCUCCUAGGGGAUGAUGGGAAUUCCUCAGAGAACCAGUUGAUAAAAUUACGGGAAGAGAGGGCACAUCUGCUGGAUAACACGGAGAGGCUGGAAAGGUCAUCGCGGAGACUAGAGGCUGGGUACCAGAUAGCAGUGGAGACCGAGCAAAUUGGCCAGGAGAUGUUGGAGAACCUUAGUCAUGACAGAGAAAAGAUACAGCGAGCACGUGAACGACUUCGGGAAACGGAUGCAAACUUGGGGAAAAGUUCCAGGAUCCUGACGGGGAUGUUGCGAAGAAUCAUCCAAAACCGCAUCCUGCUCGUCAUCCUGGGGAUCAUCGUGGUCAUCACCAUCCUGACGGCCAUCACUUUUUUUGUCAAAGGACACUGAUGCAUCUGCUCUCCCUUGAUAAACAGUGAUCUUGUCUUGUUCUGAGUAAUUAAGACAAAAUGGUCACAUGAAUCAUUCUUUUGUGCUGACAGGCCCCAGGUGACCCCAUCUCUCUCUCUCCACUGUUCAGCUGGAGUGCAGAGAGUGUAAAAAUAUUUCCUGUUCCUGUCUGCAUGUGGGUUCUUUCCUUUCUGAGCUUGAUCUUUGCCCAGAUUUGUUGUUUCUUGUAGGUAAAGGUGAAUGCUCAUUUGCCUUUAGGUAACUUCAUCUGCUGUCCAAAAUAGCUUUGUUAACACUCUCCUUGCCUUGUGGACAUGCCUGGGGUCCUGGUUUGAGAGGGGACAUGAUGACUCAGUCACAGGAGCUUCUGUGUGUCACGUACCUCUCUUUACCAGAAAGGUUUUCUGUGAUGUCCAUGGAGAAAAUGCCAGAAAAAUCAGAGGUCAGACCAACCCUUCCCAGCAUAAUGAAUACAGCCAUCCUGCCCAGGCAACUUUAUUGCAGAGAGGAUUCACUGUUACUUGUACAGGAAAUUGACUUAGCACUUUCCCUGGUUUUUUAUUGUGUGUGUGUAUACAUACAUAUAUAUGCAAGAAAUAUUUACUCACCUUCCCAAAUGCCAUACUCCCCAGAGUUUGCUGGCAGUGUAAGAAUUGGCACAAUAUUUAAUUGUGACCUCAUCUUCCCUGACCUGGGUAAGCAUGUCUGUAUCUUCUCCGUUUUAAUCUGAGCUCAGUCAGCAGGAGCCCUUGUAUGCAAAGGUCUGAGAAGGUUCUCUCUGCAUCCCUUCCAGCUCGGGUGUUUCAGAGAGCAUGGGCAGGACCCCUCCGCUGGUAUGAAGUUAGCAAUGUGGUGGGUGAUAAUAAUGAGGGUCCUGUAGGACAGUCCACUAGAAAAGCCUUGGUGGGAAGUGACCCACCUCCCGUCAGACAAUGAAGAAGCACAGAGUACCACGAAAGAACUGCUGAGGAUUUUACUAACAACAGUUAGCAAAGCCUGCCUCGGUUCUCAGUCAAACCUCUGUCACUGUUUGUGAUUUUCUUCCCUUUCUACCUCUGUCUGAGGUAGCCAAGAACUGUGUUCAGAAUGUGUUCAUUUGUAAUCAGGCUUAAAAGUUGCCCUGGCUGCAGUCCUUUCCCUCUAGUCAUGAGGCAAAAUGUGUUUUUCUUAAAACAUCAUAGGCACUUAUAGGUCUGUACUAUCUUUUUGUUAAAUAUAAUUGGAAGCUUUGAAUUCUCGAAAAGCAAACUUGUUCUCUUCAUAAAAAAUGCUAACCACCCGUGGUCAUGUAGAAAGAUCAUGCUGUACUUGAUCCCCCACCACACAUGCACACAUGCACUUGUGCGCAAGCAUGCACAUACAUACACACACAUUCUCCGAAGAGAACCAUUCUAAGGUAGAGAGGAAAUGCAAAAUCUGCCAGAGAAAUUGUGUUUGUGGAAACUGGCCAAGGCCUGUAUGUGUUCGGAUAAAUCAUUUAUUAUUGUGUAAAUAAGGGUGUAGUCUGUGUCGGAAGGGUGGGAUUUCUGCUGAGUGAAGUGGGACAGCAGAGAAGGGCCGGAAGCCGUGCUGACUCUUCUGCCAGCUAAAGGGACCACCAGCUCAGCAAGAACCUUUGCUUCUGAUAACUGAAUUCUGGGCAUCCUAAAUGUAUAAAAGAAACCAUUAAAAAGCAAGGAGACAAACCAGCUGGUGAAGUGGACCCAUGCCUCUGGUGGCCUCCUGGAAAUGGGGGUUCUCAGAGUAUACUGCGUUCUAAGCUGUCUCUCCCUCCUGCCCCCAUCUUCCACUGGGCUACUUCUUCCCAAGGUCACCUCCAACAAGCAGGGUGGAGCUGGGCAUCGGCACUCGCUGGCCCCUGAGUGACUCGCUGAAGCCUGCAUGAAGCACAGAAGCACAUGAAUGAGAAGGAAGGAGAGCAGUUGCUACUCACCUCUGGAUGGCUUUCUUUGCCCAGUUCUUUUUUGGCUGUUGCCAGUGAUUUGGGGAGUGGAAAUCUGUGAACAUAUAACCCUUGGACCCAGCAGCUCCUUCGCAUCCCCUAGAGAGUGACCCUCACUCAGGCCUGGCCCACUGGUGGUGGGCCCUGGCCUGAAAGUCCCCUGACCACCUCCUGUCCUCCUGAUGCCAUGGGAAGAGCACAGCGCCCUGGGUCUGGGGUAAUACCCUCCUUCCCUCCCUCCCUCCCUCCCAUCCCACCAGGGAAGGAAAGGAGUACUCAAACCUGAAGCAGGUGUCUGUGUGGAAGGUUCUAGGUUCAUAUUAUGUAGACUUCAGUUGGCGAAUAUUUGUGAAGUUGGGAGCCUUUGUUUAAUGAGUGUGUGGGAGGUAGGGGGUGAAAUGGCAGCAUGGAGGAGGAAGAGGAGGAAGCCCUCACCAUAUAAAAUUCAUGCAGACUAAACAGUUUCUGGGACAGUAUAAAUAAAGUGGAUGCAACCCCGCUCCAGAAUCAAAAGCAAUUUAAUUAAAGUCUCUUAAGUUGUAAAGAGUUUUAAAUGUUCCGUGUUGAAGGCAGAUGCCUGCAGAUGCAGUGGAUCUGACGUCAGUGGCCAGGCCUGGGCUGCGAGGCCAUUUGCUAUUCUGUUUCAGGCAGGCUGGAUUGUCUUAUUUUGGAACCAGCUUGGUGGGGGGUUUGCUUUGCUGCUGCCUCUGAGCCCUGAGCUUCAAAGGCUGAAAUUAAUGGCGAACAAAAUUGUGCGGCUCUGGCCGUCCCAUGCGGGGCAAGCCCAUUGAGGGUUAUCAUUAAGUAAAGAAAUAAAGAGGGGGAAAAAGCCUGCCUGCUCCAAAAACCUCAUCAGAUAAUGACCUCAGUGAUUGGGUUUUCAUUACCAAACAGCAUCCAGAGAUUAUCAACUCACGGAAGAAGGGAGGAGGAAAGAAAGGAAGAGGCAUGCACCGCCUUUC